AUGGAAGACAUCAGGGCUAACCCAGACAUUCCUGGGAAAGCACUCAAUGAACUCCUUUUUCAGAGAUAUGACAUCUACAUGAGGCAGUCAACCUUGUACAGGUUAAAGAGCUAUGUGAUUGAGCAGUUGUUUGGAGGGCAUGAUGAGUCAUAUAGACUACUGCCAAUGUAUGCUAAGAUGUGCAUAGAAACAAACCCAGAGUCCAAGGCUUUUUGUGCAUGGAAUGAAACAGAGUCUAUCCCUAAACAACUUCAAUUUUCAAGCCUUUUUAUAUCAUUCACUGGACAAUGGAAAGGUUUUUUAAGGGGUGUUAGACCUUUAAUUGGUGUAGAUGGAACCCACCUUAAAGGUAACUAUGGGGGGGUAUUGCUCUCUACUGUGGGAAUAGAUGGCAAUAAUGAGAUCUUCCCCAUAGCAUAUGCUGUAGUUGGCCAAGAAGACAAGCAGUCAUGGACCUACUUCUUUUGGCAUUUGCUGAACAUUGUAAAAGAUUCAUCAAGAGAGCAUUGGACUAUUAUUUCUGAUAGGCAAAAGGGAGUUGAACUUGCACUAGAACAAGUAUGGCCAAAAGCUGACAGGAGGUUCUGCUAUAGGCAUCUAAGUAGAAACUACAAGAAGCUAUUUCCAGGCCCUAUGAUGUAUGUUCUAUUCUGGAGAGCAUGCAAUGCUUCUUCAACUUUCACAUUCAGGAAAGCUAUGGAGAAGUUGCAAAAAGCAGGAGGAGAUGAUGGCAUGACUUGGUUUGCAGAAUUGGGAGAGAAGUCUAAGUGGAGUAAGCAUGCAUUUGACCCAAAUGUUUGCAAUGACUCCAAUACAUCCAAUUUUGUAGAGAGCUUCAACUCUACUCUAGGGGUGAAUAGGUGUAGGCCUAUUUUGACUUUGCUAGAAGGUAUUAACCCACCUCUUACUGUAUUAACAUUGUCAUUUUAUUCUGAUUUGGUUUGUUUUUCUAAGUAA